AUGGCCAAUCAGGGUCAGAACCAUAUGAAGAACGAAGAACUAAUCCUUGAACACAGGACUUCAGCAAAAAUGGAGACAGGGAACCUGAUGAAACAGGCUGGAGAACAACUGGGACUGCAAGCUCAGGAUACCUUCUUUCAUUAUUGUGAAAUUGAUCAGUUGAAAGCUCUAAGAGGGGGAUGCAACAUUUACACAUAUCAGCAAGGAAGAGUUAAAGUAAUUCCCAGGCAUCCAAGACAGGCCCUUGACAAUAGUGCUCCAAGGCUUGGUAACCUGCAACUGGAUAUUGAGAGCAAAAUGCCUAAUCUGACCUCCACAUCUGAAUUUCUGCUGCUGGGAUUUUCAGAUAUCCGAGAAUUACAGAUCUUACAUUUCUUUGUCUUCUUAGCAGUAUACUUGGUAGCAGUGACUGGCAAUCUUCUCAUCAUCACUGCUGUAGCACUGGAUCAUCACCUGCAUAUGCCCAUGUACUUCUUUCUCAUGAACUUGGCCAUUCUGGAUCUUGGCUCAAUUUCUGUCAUAUUACCUAAAGCGAUGGCCAACUUCCUGAUUAAUAGCAUGUCCAUUUCUUAUUCAGGCUGUGUGGCUCAGGUUUUCUGCCUCUUCCUAUUUGUAGGGGCAAAUUUUGCCAUGCUAACAAUAAUGGCGCAUGAUCGGCAUAUGGCUAUUUGCCAUCCGUUGCAAUAUGAGACCAUUAUGCAUAAAGGAGCCUGCGUUCAAAUGGCAGCCAGUGCAUGGGUUUCUGGUAUACUUAAUGGCACUUUACAUACUGGUGGCACUUUUGCCAUAAACUUUUGCUCCAAUAGGAUCAAUCAGUUCUUCUGUGAAACUUCACAGAUACUAAAACUUUCCUGCUCAGACUUAUAUCUAAUUGAAAUUGGAAUUCUUCUGUUUAGCUGCAGCUUAGCUGGAGGAUGUUUUAUCUACAUUAUUAUAACUUAA